AACAAGCACCUAAUUGUGAAUAUCUUAUACUAGCACCACACCACUACUGCUCUAGCAAAGCCACAGCCACCUCCAUUUUCUCUCUGCAUUCUUCAUCGGAAAUCUCAAGAUCCUCACUCACUCUGCAUUCGCUUUGCUGAACAACCAAUCGCUUGCAUUUGCUAAUUUAUUUUUUAUUUAUUUUUUCGGGUCUUUGUAAUUUGCCAUGGACAGACGCUGGCCUUGGAAGAAGAAAUCAACUGACAAGGCUGUGCUUGACAAAGCAGCUGCUGAAUUGGACUCUUCUGCUAGUGCUACCACUCAGAGCAAUCAGGAUGCUUACAAGAAGCCAAACUAUGUGCAAAUCUCUGUAGAAUCAUAUUCACAUCUGACUGGUCUGGAGGAUCAAGUGAAGACAUAUGAAGAAAAAGUUCAGACACUAGAGGAUGAGAUCAAUGAAUUGAAUGAGAAACUGUCAGCAGCAAACUCAGAGAUAAAUACUAAGGAAGGCUUGGUAAAACAACAUGCUAAAGUGGCUGAAGAGGCUGUCUCAGGCUGGGAAAAGGCGGAAGCAGAAGCUUUGGCUUUGAAGAACCAUCUAGAAACUGUCACCCUUUCGAAACUCACUGCUGAGGACCAGGCAUCACAGUUAGAUGGUGCUCUUAAAGAGUGUAUGCGACAGAUAAGAAACUUGAAGGAAGAACAUGAGCAGAAAAUACAGGAAAUUGCUCUCACAAAAACCAAGCAAUUGGACAAGGUUAAGGGUGAGCUUGAGGCUAAGAUAGGGAACUUUGAACAGGAACUUCUCAGGUCUGCUGCUGAGAAUGCGGCUCUGUCGAGGUCCUUGCAGGAGCGCUCUAACAUGCUAAUCAAAUUAAGCGAAGAAAAAGGUCAUGCUGAGGCUGAAAUUGAGCAUCUUAAGAGCAACAUAGAAUCAUGUGAGAGAGAAAUCAAUUCACUCAAAUAUGAGCUUCAUGUUAAUUCCAAAGAGCUUGAAAUUCGCAAUGAAGAAAAAAAUAUGAGUAUGAGGUCUGCAGAAGCUGCUAACAGGCAGCAUACGGAAGGUGUUAAAAAAAUUGCUAAAUUAGAGGCAGAAUGCCAAAGAUUACGUGGUUUAGUACGGAAAAAGUUACCUGGUCCUGCUGCUCUUGCACAAAUGAAGCUAGAAGUUGAAAGUCUUGGUCGAGAUUAUGGAGAAACUCGUUUAAGGAAGUCUCCUGUCAAACCUGCUAAUUCUCAUCUGUCCCAGUUGCCUGAAUUAUCCCUGGAGAAUGUACAGAAAUUCCAGAAAGAUAAUGAAUUUCUUACAGAGCGCUUAUUGGCAAUGGAAGAAGAAACAAAAAUGCUAAAAGAAGCUUUGGCAAAACGCAACGGUGAAUUGCAGGCUUCAAGGAGCAUGUGUGGUAAAACACUAAGCAAACUUCAAAUGCUGGAAGCACAACUUCAGACAAGUAAUCAGCAGAAGGGAUCCCCAAAAUCCAUCGUCCAUAUAAACCAUGAAAGCAUCUACAGUCAAAAUGCAAGCAAAGCACCAAGCUUGAUCUCCAUGUCUGAAGAUGGAAACGAUGAUGCAGGAAGUUGUGCUGAGUCUUGGUCUACAGUAAUGAUUUCUGAGCUAUCCCAACUUCCAAAAGAAAAGAAUACUGAGGAAUUGAGCAAAUCUGAAGCCACUAAGAAGCUAGAACUGAUGGAUGACUUUCUGGAGGUGGAGAAAUUGGCUGGAUUAUCAAAUGAUUCAAAUAGAGAAGCCUCUGUUUCAUUUACUUCAAACAAUAAGAUGAAUGCAAUUGUGACCAGUGACGUAUCAGAAGUCAGUGCCAGCAAAGAUGAUCCGUUCAAGUCUGAAACGAAGUGUGAUUCAAAUCUGUUGCCAAAUCAAGUGUCUUCUUCUGAAGCAGAUGGCUUGUUGUUAGCAGAACUUAGAUCAAGAAUAUUAUUGGUUUUUGAUUCCAAGGCUAAGGGUGACGAUAUAGAGACAAUCCUGAAGGAUAUUAAACAUGCUCUUGAAGAUGCACAUGACUCUUCCAUCCAGGACUCUGUAACUCCCAUUCCCUGCGAUGUCAAGCCUUCUGAUACAUGUGAUAAGCAGGUUAAUCCUGAAGAUGCUGACCAAAAUUCAGAAAAAGAAUCCAUUUUGUCCCAGAAAACUACAGAACUUAUGCAGAUAACUUCAGAUCUAGAAGCUGCAAUCUCUCAGAUUAAUGACUUCGUAUUGUUUCUUGGGAGAGAAGCAAUGACAGUUCAUGAUAUAUCUUCUAGUGGAGAAGGAAUAAGCCAAAAGAUGGAGGAGUUCUCUGUCACCUAUAAUAAAGUUAUAUGCAAUGAAGCAAAUUUGCAACAGUUCGUUCUUGAUCUGUCUUGUGUAUUAGCUAAAGCAUGUGAAUUUAGAUUUAAUAUCCUUGGUUAUAAGGGUAUGGAAACUGAAACCAAUAGUCCUGAUUGCAUAGAUAAGAUUGCUCUGCCUGAAAAUAAGUUAGUUCAAGACAACUCACCAGGAGAGAGAUAUCAAAAUGGUCAUUCCCAUAUUCUUAAUCCUUGUUCUGAUCCUGAGGUUCCUGAUGAUGGAAACUUGACCUCAAACUAUGAAUCAAAUGGCACAUCACAGAAGUUCUCGAUGAAGGAUUUUGAAGAAAUGAAAUUAGAGAAAGAGAAGGCCAUGGCAGAUCUGUCAAAAUUUGCUGAAAAUCUUGAAGUGACAAAGUCUCAAUUAAUGGAGACCGAGCAAAAUCUGGCAGAAGUUAAAUCACAAUUGGCUUCUGCUCAAAAGUCAAACAGCUUGGCUGAGACUCAAUUAAAAUGCAUGGCAGAGUCAUACAGGUCACUUGAAACACGUGCACAGGAGUUUGAAACUGAGCUGAAUCAUCUUCGAAUGAAGACAGAAACACUAGAGAACGAACUUAAAGAUGAAAAGAGGGCUCAUGAAGAAGCUUUGGCGAAGUACAUGGAGCUAGAAGAACAACUGCAAAGGAAUGAGAGCUCCGCUGCUGAUAAUGACCCCAAGACCAAGAAGGAGAGAGACUUGGCAGCCGCUGCUGAAAAGCUAGCUGAGUGCCAGGAAACUAUAUAUCUUCUUAGCAAGCAGUUAAAGUCUCUGCAUCCUCAAACAGAGCCAACGGGUUAUGCAUACGGUGAGAGGAUUUCAAAGGUAGAAGGCUUCACAGAGCGUGAAUCUGCUACUUAUAGCCCAAAUUUGCAAGAGUUUGAUCAGGCGGAGAUGGACGGUGCUGCUUCUGGUUUUGUGCAGAGACUGGGUCCUGAGUCCCCCUUGCAUUUUUCUAACAACUUAUGCAGUCCAUCCGAUACUGAAUCAAACUUUCAAGCCACAUCUCCUGUACGGAACCCAAACCAUAGGCCUACAAAGUCAACCUCUUCAUCAGCUUCUUCAACUCCUACACCGGAGAAACAUGCCCGGGGUUUUAGCAGAUUCUUUUCAUCAAAAGGAAAAACUGGUCAUUGAGCUUGCACCAUACAGGACCCAUGAGAAUUCAUGGUUUAGGUCUUUAGGAGGCCAUAUGGUGAUGACAUUUGGAAAGAGUGCAGAACUGCAGAACCCCUUUAUGGUUUAACCAAAUUGAGUUUUUGGCAGCUUUGUGUGGUUAAAGGGGAGGAUGCCAUGAAUGUCAGGUGAUUCUUGUUGUAUCUAAUGGUUGUACAUGGUGGUAACCAUAUAUUUUCUUCUUUUCCUUUUCGUUGUUUAUUCCCACCUCUGUUCUGUAAUUUAAUUAGCAAACAUUGACAUAAUCUCUGAAAUAUUACAGGAUAUGUUGAAUA